AUGCGUUUGAUAAUUUCUCUACUGUUAGUUGUAGUCGUUGUCGGUCGAGUGGACAAUGUGUCUUUGUGCAAAAGUGGCCACUGCGUGUGUCGCGUGAAUAACAAAAGCGAGAAGGAAGAUUACGGCGAAAUAGUUGACUGUUCGUACUACGCUCGUGUUUUAGAAGAGAAUUACGAACUCCCGUCGUCUGCGUCGUCGUUAGACUUGUCGCGGAACAACAUCACGACCGUCCGCCCGACGCUCGUCUUGCGAUCGAACUCGCUCGCGGAGCUGCUGCUGCACGACAACAGCAUUCACCGGAUAGAAAUCGGUGCGCUGCAGCUGCCGGCAUUGAAGAAACUGGAUUUAAGUAAUAAUCAUUUAACGUUCAUCGCUAAGGAGACCUUCAAGCAAAUAAAGGGACUGGAGUAUUUGAACCUCGCACAUAACGACUUCCACGCGCUAUCCGCGCUAUCGUUUCAUCAUCUCGCCGAUUUGAGUGAAAUCAUAUUGGACGACAAUCACUUGGGACCGAGCCUUCGCGACAGAAAUUUAUUCGAUAGAAACGGAUACGGGCUGACGCAUAAAAUACGAUCGCUGUCGAUUCGAGGAAUCGACCUGAAUACGGUCCCCGAUAAUUUCUUUGUCGACGCUUACGACGUAAGAAAAUUAAUCGCGUCCGACAACAACAUAAGUGAAAUAUUCGAGUUGCCGAUCACCCUGGAGUAUUUGGACUUAUCGGAUAACCCGAUAGACGACUUAUCCGGAGAGGACUUCGCCAGCGUACCGGGUUUGAGGGAGUUGAAAUUGAAUAACCUAUCUAUUGCCGAGAUACCGGAUUAUGCGUUCGCUUCGCUUCCCGGGGUAGCUGCACCUGGAGAGAAACAAGAACCUGCGCGACUUCAGCGCGGGUCCAGAUUGUCGACGCUCUCGGAGCGAUUACGCCUGCCGUUAGGACAGCUGGUUUUUUUGGAUCUGCAGGGGAACUUGUGGAACUGUGACUGUCGUUUAAUUUGGAUCAAGCAGCUUCAAAUCGACGACGGGAGCUCGGAGCACUUUCGAUGUUUUACACCGAAGCCUCUGUUCAACGGCAAGAUCACGGAAAUACAUAACAAGUACUUUGUGUGUCCCGUCGAGAGGCACUUAACGGGGGCCGUGAUAGGUGCCGUGUCAGCUUGUGUGUUGUUGACGUUUAUAGCCGCUUGGAUUUACGUGAUGGUGCCGAAGAGACACUCCAAAUUUAAUUUCAUUAAGAAUAUGCACGCUACAACUGGUUAUUCCUUGUUGCCGGUGCACAUGCCUCUUAGCGGUGGACCUUAA